UUGUUGGAGACACAUUGUACGACACAUUAAACUUUUCCAGCGGUCUAAGCUUUUUGUUCGGCUUUCAAGUCGUGAUGUUGAGCAGCGGUUCUCACCGUUCGUGUAUUCCACAUCUCGUCUGACACCUACGAGCCGGUAGCGGCUGAUUGCAGUUGUUGUUUGGUAUAUUUCGUCCUCAAUUUUUGUUCAAGCGCUAGGCGCUUAUAGGUGAUAAGGUCAUCGCAUUUUACAUACCCAGGCGGCUCAGGUUUUGAGAGGCGAUCGCUUUCCACGCUUUUGGGCUUCUAUUGCGCUUCUGUGAGGCGAUCGCUUUUCAUGCCUCAAGGAAAUCUGAAUAAUAUUUAGUCUCUUGCGUAGCUGUUUGAGUUUCCGACUUUUACUUUGCUGCUAUCUCGCUUCGCAGAGCCCAGAGGAGGAGCCUGACAUUCCAGAGGAGGAAUUGCCACAACCAUUUAAUAAAUCAAAGGAUAAUGUGGUCACCAAGUCACCAACCCCCAACCCAUAUGACCUACCAGCUUCAUUUUCACAUCUGCCUCAAUCGUUUAAGCCUUGCUUCUCUAAAUGUGACCAAACCAAUACAAAAUCUUUUACGAACUCUCUUCAUAAUGAACCACGCUUAAAACCAAACUGUACCAGAUUCCCUCCACAUCCAAACACUCCCAUAAAGGAUCUACAUCAAUCCAUAACUAAAGAGAACUCCAGCUAAGCCUGUAUCCACAACAGGAGUGAUGACUUCUACACCCACGCCUCAACCUUCUCCUAGGAGAGGGUAUAUGAGCCCUCAGGGUGAUUCAUCUAAGCCCCCAAAGAAACUGUUAAAACGCCCUUUGAACUUUGAUCUGCCAGUGAAGAGUGAAGUCAGUGAGGCUGGAACAUAUUCUUCUGCUUACCGUGAUAUGCUGGGUGUUCUUCCUGAGAAUCUUUUGGAAUCGAUAAGAGCAAAAGAAAGGAAGGCAUUAGAGGAAAGAAAUCCCGUGAUCUCACAGGCAAAGUGGAGAAAGCAAAUGAUUGCAGGGCUACCUAAAAUGUUUGAAACAAUUUAUUUCCUAUUCCAAUCCAUCAAACGCUCAGUUAUCACAAAACAAGAGCUUAUGCACAAAAUACUUGUGAACUACAUAGACAUUAUUCAUAGCAGAGAAGCUGAAGAGCAACUCCGGUUACUGUAUGUCCUAGCACCAGAGUGGAUUUAUGAACAAGCAAACUGAUUUCAUCUUGUGCAGUGUGAACAAAAUAGAAUCCCUAGACUCAAUACGGAUGAGACUGGCACAUGCAAUUUGAGAGGAGAAUGAUGAUAGAGGUUUUAGUAUUUUUUUUGGAUGAAUAGAGGCCUUAGUAUUUGUUCAUAAACUUUAUCUUUAAUUAUAUGCCUUGAAGUAGUGAGCUUAAUUUGAUAAUGCUCAGGGUAACUCAAUUAGGCUUUGAGUUGUAACAAUUUGACAUUGUUAAUUUUGACAACAAAGAUAAAUGCCCCUUCAAGAUGAGCAAAUGGAAGGGAGUUCCAUGUUCAGUAUACCAAAAGCAAAAUCAAAUCAUACAAGUCUGCGAUAUUAGUAUAUUCAGAUUCUUCUGAUAAAUGUCUGACUUUUAU